UGGAGAAAUGUCAAAAAUAGUCAAAAUGACAUUUAAUUUAUUUUAUAAUUGAAUUUAGAAAAGUUGAUGCCUAGAAGAAGUUUUCUAGCGAAACAUUGAUUGAUAGUUUUCUAGCGUAACAUUCGGAGCUUUAGCUCGUGUUUUAGUAUGCAUUUGAAACAAAAUCCUAUUUGAAAAAAUAUACUACCGUUAUUUACGUAACUAUGGAGUCGUCAGUGUUACAAACCGCAGAGAGUGUUCGCGUCAAGGUUGAACCCUGUGAGGAUGUGUGUAUAACAGAUGAGCCCACGUUCGAGGGAGUGUUUGUGAAAGUUGAGCCGUUGGAUGAUGUGUGUUUAACAGACGAGCCCAGAUGCGAGGUUGAGUCGAUAAAAGCCGAGCCUUCGUGCUCAGAUGUGUGUGUAAAAGACGAGUCGCUCGGCGUGAGCGCGGCAGCGGCACUGUACGCCGAUCACGCCGUGAAAGAUGAGCUCGUGCUCGGCCCCGAGCUAGUGGAGCGGCGCCGCGUACCCCUCACAUCAAUAGGGCAAUAUUCACAGAAGAAUCCAAGCGGCAGAUGCGGAACUUACCAAUGUGCCCACUGUAAAUAUGCAACAACUGUGAAGUCACGGUUAAUAAGGCAUUUGAUGAAACAUACCAAUGAGAAGCCAUACAAAUGUGGUCAAUGUAGCUACGCUGGUAGCCAAAAAGUUCAUUUGCAAAUUCAUAUAAGAAGACACACUGGUGAAAAACCAUACAAAUGUGACCAGUGUAAUUAUGCUAGUGCCCGCAACGGGGAUUUACUAAGUCAUAAACGAAAACACCAUGGGGAUAUAUAUGCUAGUACUUAUAAAUAUCAUUUGCAAAAACAUAUAAGGACACAUAUAAGAAAACAUGAAACAUAUAAGAAACCUUACCAGUGUGACCAAUGUAAUUAUACCUGCAAACAAAAAGGUCAUUUGCAAGAUCAUGUAAGACAACACACUGGUGAAAAACCUUUCAGAUGUAGCCAGUGCAGUUUUGCUAGUGCCUACAAAGGAAAUUUACGAGUUCAUGAAAGGACACAUAGUAGUAUUACGAAUGAGAAACCGUACCGGUGUGACCAGUGUAGCUAUUCUAGCACACGUAAAUCCCUUUUGCAACGGCAUGUAAGGAGACACACUGGGGAAAAGCCAUACAAAUGUGUGCAGUGUAAUUAUGCUAGUGCACGUAAAUAUAGUCUAUUAAUACAUAUACGCAAACACACUGAUGAAAAGCCUUACAAAUGUGGCCAGUGUAGUUAUGCUAGUGCCCACCAAGGUCAUUUACGAGAACAUGAAAAGACACAUACUAAUGAGAAAUCUUACCAGUGCGACCAAUGUGAUUAUGCCUGCAACCGAAAAUUUCAUUUGCAGGAACAUAUAUGGAGACAUGCUGGUUUAAAACCUUACAAGUGCGACCAGUGCAGUUUUGCUACUACUUACAAAAAAAGUAUACGAGCCCAUAAAACCAGACACUAAUUAAAUAAAAUUGGAUACUUUACAAGUCAUUUUUUUACCAGAUCUCGAGCAAAGCCACAUUCGAUGGAGCGCACUGGAAGGAGCCGGUGACAACUAAGCAAGGAUACGGAGACACAAUAACAUUGCUUCGAUCAAAUAUAAAGCGAGCGUGAAACUCCCCCGCGUAAUUUUAAAAAGAGAAUUUUCUAAAUCAAUUCACUUAGAGGGACAUGUACUAACGCUCACUGGAGAUACACCACACCACUGUGAAAUAUGUAACAACAAUUCAGACAAUUAUAAAAUUCAAAGACAA